ACCUUGAACAAAAAUACAAUGAAGAUCUCCGUAGUGUUUGUCUGCAUACUGCAAUUGAUACUAGUCAAAUCACAGGAGAAUGAAGACGCGACGGAGGAUUAUGUUUUGAUUAUACCUAUCGAUGAUACCGUUCCGAAAACUAAAAAUACGGAUGAGACAACUCCAGGGACUUCAACCACUAGUGAAAACACUCCAGGGCCUACAACUGCGGAAGAAACCACUCCAGAGCCUGUCACUACGAGUGGAACCACUUCUGGAGCUGAAACUAAGACUACAGUGACAUCUUCUACGAUGGAAACUUCUGUUCCAACUCGUAAACCUGAUGACUCAAAAGAUAAAGGCGGUGAGUCGGUGAUUUUAUCGAAUGGUAUUCAUGCACACACAGCGUUAUUCGCCUAA